UGUAACAGUGAGUAGGGAGGUGGUGUUCGGUGGGGGGACUGCUGUCCGACAUUCCAAGAUGUAAGAGGUACGUCUCUCCCCUGAGAUGAGACAUACUGAUGGACUGAACGUUAACCUGCUGAACUAUUGCUGUAUUGUAGAUGAGGACACGAAGAAUAGAGUUCCUUGUGCUUACCGAUCAACAGCUGAUACCAGGAGAUGGCAUUGUUGUGUCUGUGUCUUGUGAUGUGUCUUUUCCAUCAGACACAAAGUCAGCCCUGUAAUGCUCCACCGUGCGACCUUAUAGAAACAGUGCUUGGAUCCUACAAGAAGGAGAUGCGGCCCCGAUGUAAGAACGCCUCGAAUGUGGAGGUGCACAUGGAUAUGGCUCUCAGACAGGUCGUCACUCUGUCGGAGACGAAACAGAUAUUGACAAGCAACGCGUGGAUACGUCUGAAGUGGACCGACUGCCGACUUCGGUGGAACCCCGCCCACUUCAAUGGAACUGACGCCAUCCACGUUUCCUAUGACCGUAUUUGGACCCCUGACGUCACUCUCUAUGAUGACACUGCUUCCGGCAAUAAUGUAGCUCUGUCGGAGAGGAAAUUCUACAACCUGGCAGUAACGAGUGAGGGCAACGUCUCCCAAUUCUUCCCCACCAUCCUCCGCAGCAUCUGCUCGGUGGACACCACCUACUUCCCGUUUGACCUGCAGCAGUGCCCCCUGGAGUUCGGACUGUGGGUGUAUGACGACUCCAUGGUGACCCUGUCAAGCACAGAGCAAGGAGACGUCGCGUCGUACCAAGAGAACGCUGAGUGGUUCCUCACCGGCGUCAGUGCAGUGACGAAGCCAAACAUAUACACCAACAGCGUCUACACCACCAUCAUCUACACUGUGAACAUACGUAGACGGCCACUGUUCUUCCUUCUGACGUUGUUCUUCCCGUGUUGCCUGAUCUGUAGUAUAUCCGCAGUCGGGUUCUUCCUGCCCCCUGCGUCUGGGGAGAAGAUUGGGCUCGAAGUCACCGUCUUCCUGUCUGUUACAUUGUUCCAGUUUAUUACUCUGGAAAGGCUUCCUCCAAACUCGAAACCAUUGCCAAUAAUAUGCGUGUAUUUUAUGCUGGUGAUGAUUUGGGCCAGCACAUCGUGUUUCUUGGCUGUCGUCGUCCUCAGGGUGCAUCUGAAGGGUCAACAAGGCUGGAAGGUUCCUCCUAUGGUUCGCACCAUCUUCAUUGACAGGCUUGGUCGUAUACUGUGCGUGAAAAGACCACACAAGUUCAGAGAAUAUGUGGAUAAGCACCUCAACAAGAUGAACCCUAAAGCAAACGGCACUAAUGCUGUGAUUCCUUUUGUAUCUGAGGAAGCGCCAGCAUCGCCUACAGAGUUUGGUGCCAUCUUAAAGUCCUACCAAAAGAUAUCAGAGAGUUUAGACUAUCUGGUGAAACAUACCAAAGACAAGAAACCUGACCCUGAUAGUGUAGAUCUGGAAUACGAUGACUGGCUGACAGUAGCCAUCAUCCUUGACCGACUGUUCUUCCUCCUCCACGUGGCGCUGUUCCUAGUGGUGCUCAUAGUCUUCCUCGUCGAACUGUCCAACUGAUGUCGAUACUGAUAGUCACCGAGGACGUUGGAACUGCUACUAUUCCCUUCUGUCUAUUAGAUUAUUCGAGGAUCUGAAGCUGACAUACAUUCUGUGCUAAGUCUUUUAUUCUAGUUGAACUAGAUAUGUUUGUGGUCAUGAGAAGUCAAGAUAAUUCUCAAAGCAAUUAGUAACAAGAUUAGGUCAACUGCAGCUUAAUACAAUUCCGUGGAUAAUAAAAGAUCCCUCAAAA